UUUUUUGAUGAAUUUAUUUUAUAUGAGAGCUUACAGAUAUGCAGAAAAAUAUCAUUUGAUUUGAACGAAUUAAAGCUUUUCCUUCAGAUUGACGCCCGAAUUGAAUUGGUUUAAAGCGACAAAAUGCAUUUAGCGCUUUAUUUUUUGCUCUCUUUUGUGUUUUCCACAGCUACUGAUGCGUCGACCCAACUUGAUCUCUCCCUCUUUCGGGAAGAGUGUCCAUGUUUGAAAGCAUACGACGCGGAGCCUGUAUUUGCGUACUACGCAUAUGAUAUAGACUCAUGCGUUGUGUAUUGUAUAGGAGUUCAAGCUUGCGAGGCUGUCAACUAUUGCAGUGAGACGAAACUGUGCAAAGGAUAUAGUAAGUUUGGUGUGGGUUAUGAGCCCGAGGCAAUCAACAACCUGGACUGUACUAACUUCCCGUCCUACUCUUCCACUUCUUCUGAGAGGUGGUACUGGGUCAAAGAGGUCAUUGACGGGGAAACCACGGACUGCCAGAUAGAACACAAUAGACUGGGACAAACACCCACAUCGAAUGACUACACAAUUCAAGUACGCGGGUACCCGCUGCGAGUAUUUUGUGACUGGGGCCAAAAUGGAGCCCCCACCAAGACGUAUAUGAACUUGGCAUCUGCAUAUACCACUUAUUCUCACUGGGGUGGCAGUAUCUACUCUACAGAUCAACCAAUUGCGUCGUCAACAAGGACUUUUCAAAAAGUGAGGCUUUUAGUGGACAAAUGCUUCCUGGCAGUUAGCGUGGAUGAUGUCUCCUAUUCGACUUUAUCAGGAGCAUUUGUGGAAAAUGAUUUCACUUACCUCUUUUUCGGGAAGGGAGGAAAUUGCAAAUCGUAUCAAACCUCAUCCCCUGGGAAGCACGACAUCUACCUGUUGGACACUCCCUUCAUGUUCGCAGCCGGGUUAACUUUCCGCGGUGGAGGUUGGCAGGGACACAUACAAGGAGACCCAAUUCUGGAACCCCAACGGUCCUACAUAAUGGCAGGGGGAGGCUGCGGUAUUAUUCAACCCUUUUCGGUCAAAGAUCCGAAAACGAAUCAGGAUUUAAGACUGACCUACAUCCCACUCAACAUGUAUGAUCGCACUGGAAUGGCAACUACUUAGAAUAUUCAAAACAUAUCAUCUCCCUGAGCACAAACACCAGAUUCAAAUAAAAACUUGACCGCAUUAACGAUGAGCUUAUAUAUGCUCAAUUUUUUCACUUUUUUUCGACCGUUCCAAGGAUGAGCUAAUAUAUUCGCAAAUUUUUCAGUUUUUUUAACAUUAUAAGUGGCAAAAUGGACUUCACCCCCACUCCCCCCCCCCAUCUGCGGCGUGUUUUGCUACUGUGAGCUUAAUUUUGUGAUAUGGUGAGCUGAAGUUUCAUUUGGUUUGAAUAUCUAAAUCUUGUUUUCUUUUGUGAUUUUUUGUGGAGCAUAAUUGAUCUUCCUUAACCUUGUAAAAACCCUUCAGACUGGUUGCAGUUAUUGAGUAUUAAAAUAGACACGUGACAAUUUCUGGAUGCUUUCUAGAAUCGUAUUUCCUUUGGAGCGCAGACUGUCAUUCUGCUUUCAAUUGGUUAGCUUAAAAGGGAUGGCGAUGAUCAUCAAAGCAAACUCUGGGUGCUUUCAAAUUUGUUAUUACACAAGCAAAGCUUGUGCUAUUGUAUGAACUAUCU